AUAGUCUCUGCCAUUUAUUUUCGAUUCAAAACAAACUCAAAAAAUAAGGCGGCUACUCACCUCAAUCAUUCCCGCCACUGUAUAAAUUCUCUUUCUCUCUCAGAGAUUCAAUCGGAAAGCCAAAUUGAGGAGCACCGCUUCGCUAGAUAUGGUAUGGCAAAAGGGAGAUCUGCGUAUGAUAUGAUUUGAGUUGUGUGAAGUUCAUCGAGAAAUCUCGAUUUCAUUUUGGCGCUGUGUAAAGUUUGCGAACUUGCCAUGAGAUCCACUAGACAGGUAAAGAGGAAGUUCAAUGAAGCUUGUAAAAAGCAAAAUGAAAGCAGAUGUGGUUCUGUGAAGAAAUCUGCAAAUGGAACUGGCAGAGGAGAUAGAAAAUCAGCAGAAUGUAAAUCUAUAAUGCUAGAUAGGAAUCCGGGGGUUUUACCAUGCAGAGUUGCUCCAUUAUCUGGUCAAACGAUGCCAAGUAGCAUAUUUGCUAUAGAGAGUGGGAGAAAUCCUCCGUCAGAUUUUCAGAUUCACCAGAAAAAUUCAUCAGCAAAGAUUAUACUGCAGCUUUUCCCCUUAAAUGAAAAUACUCGACUGGGAUUGGAAAAGGAUGGUUAUAAUCCAUUUUUGGAACUCUCUUUAAGUGCUGGGAAGAAGAUAUCGUCGGUGAUUAAGCACUUGAAUUCAAAAUGGGGAAGUUCAAGUAUGGCAAAUGGCCAGCUUAUGCUCUUUCCCUACAAUAUGAAAACAGAGAAAAUUGCUUCCUGCAGAAAGUGGACUUCAAAUGACUCUGGCGUUACUGCAGGAGAGGUCUAUGUUGCAGUGGAAAGUCCUUCAAUUUUCCGCCUAAGGUAUGGUUGGUUCUCCAAUAUUCAGGUGGAGAUGUUUGGAGCAGCUUCAAAAUCUAGUCCCGUUAAGUUUCAAAUAGAGUCUGACAGCAAUAAGAGAAGCUGUAGCAGAGUUUUAGAGAUUACUGAAAAUCGAGAUGAAAAGGGCAAGUUGACUGUUGAAGACACCAGAGAUCCAGUCAAUAUAAUUGAAGUAGUAGAUUCAGACGUGAAUGAGCUGAAGACGUUGGAUCAUGCGAAUGAUGAAGCGACAACUCAUGUUGGCCGCCCUAUACAAUCAACAGUGCACUGGGAUGAUAGUUUGACCAAUUUGAGCAUCGGAGGUUUGCUAUCUGAAGUAUCAUUGCAGGGAAAGAUCAGCAACUCUGUGAAUAAAUCUGGCGUGCCACCAAUUGGAUCAAUUUCUGAUAUGGGCAUUGGAGGCAUGCUGUCCGAAGCAUCUUUGCAGGGGAAGAUUGGCAAUGCUGACUUGAAAUUGGAUAGUGAAUCAAGUUUGCAGCCAAUUAUUUCAGCUUCUAAUGAUAUAAGCAUAAGAGGCUUGCUGUCUGAAGCAUCUCUGCUUUCAAGCAAGAGCAAAUCGGGGGUGCAACAAACUAUGGAGGGGAGUUCUGCACCAUUACAGUCUCCGUGGGAUGAUAAUCUAACUACCUUAAGCAUUGGAGGCUUGUUGUCUGAGGCAUCCUUGCAGGAAAAGGUUAAUGGUUGUCAUUCGGGAUUAAAAGGGAGCAAAUCAAGCUUUCAGCCUAGUACAUCUUUAUCCGAUUCAUUUGAUGCGUUUAUUGCUGCCCAACUGAAUUCACAUUCUCAGGCCUUGAAACCUGCAUCCCAUGAGUCGCAUUCAUCUAUCUUGGAUGCUGAAGAGACAUGUCACGCUUUUCCUGUUCGGAAACUUCCAUCAUCAAGCAAGGAUACUAUAACUUCAAAUAGAGGAGCCGGUUCUCAGGGAUUUAGUAAUGAUACAAGUUCAGAACCAUUCAGAUUUCCUAAUAUUGCCGAGAUGAACAACCAAUCGGUGCUUGCUAACGUUUCUUCUUCACAAGAACUGAAGACAAAUCCUUUAUCUCGAUCACGAGGAGUCUAUGACGAAGAAAGUAACCUUGGACUAUCAAGCAUCAAAUUGGUCAGGAGUGGUGAUAGUAUUAGUAUCAGUGAAAUUGUUCGAUAGCAGCUCCUCAUUGAAGAUCUGCUCAAUUUAAAAGGAAAAUCCAUCAGCUCGAGGGUGAAAACUUCUGGAAAACUGAAUACUGGAUAUUUGAUUGGUCAAAGUAGCUUAUUCUAUUGCAAUUGGACGAUUUUUGACUAGACUUAUUGCGUGGCAUUUUCAUCCAUUAUGCUGGAAAAGAUGCAUGUUGGAAAAUAUUAGGGGAAACAUCAAGAACUUUCAUGUAGUCCUAGGAUUAGGAGCAGCAGAUGGCAUGGUUGCUUAAAGGUAAAUGUAUUACAAUGAAUAGAAUCCAUGGUAGAAGAUUUUAGUUAUGUAAUUUCAGAAUAAGAUCAGUGUCUAAAUGAAUAUUACAGUACUGCUGAGAAAAUAGUGUAUACCUUCAGGCAGGUCCAAUAGUGAGUCAAACAAUUUCGUCAUUGUGAAUGCUAGAGAUUUUGUUAACACAUUUCUUAUCGUUUUUUCAUUUACUUAUAGUUGGAA